AAUACAAAAUGAUGCAAAAAAAAAAUAAUGGCUGCCAGCAGGGGCAGGAAUUUCCAGACGUCGGACCGUUUGACUGGUCCCCACCGCAGCGUUGCCGUUGCUCCUCCUACCGACCUGCCUGCCUGCCAUGCCAUGCAUACCGGCCUUCGUCCACUCUCCAGCUGCUUCUCUUCUCUUCUUCUUUUCCUUCCUCUCAAGGGUCAAAGCUCAAAAAACCCAAUACCAUACCGGGGCGAGGUCAACUCUGCUCGGGGGUUGACCUCCCAGUCCCAUCCGGCCAUCCCGAUACCUAUAAAUACGCGCGCAGUCCGUGCACCGCCAAGGUCAGCCCAUGCCGGGUGCCAUCUCUCCUUCCUCGAGGUCGAGGACGAAAGCCAGUCACGUGCAUUGAGCUUGAAGCCUUCAUCCGAGAGAGUUGAGCUGUUGAGAACCAUCUCAGUCUCAGGAGAGAGGACCGGAGCCUCGAGGCCCAAGAGAAGAGAGCUUAACGAUGAGGCGCGCGGAGCCGGUCGGCGAGCAGGCGGACGCGGAGCGGCGCAUGAGCGGGUACAAGGGCGUGCGGCGGCGCCGGUGGGGGAAGUGGGUGUCGGAGAUCCGGGUGCCCGGCUCGCGGGAGCGCCUGUGGCUCGGCUCCUACGCCACGCCCGAGGCCGCCGCCGUCGCGCACGACACGGCCGUCUACUUCCUCCGCGGCGGCGGCGGCGCGGGCGACGUCGCGGCGCUCAACUUCCCCGAGCGCGCGGCGGCCGCGUACGGCGCAGGGGGCCGCCUGUCGCCCCGGUCCGUGCAGCGCGUGGCGUCCGACGCCGGCAUGGCCGCCGACGCGCAGCUCGUCGCGGCGCGGGAGGACACCCGCGCGCUUCGCGCCGGCAUUGGCGGUGGCGCCAGCGCGCGCCCGCGCGAUCGGGAUGCUGGUGACGCCUGCGCGGGCCGUGCGCACAACGCUAGCCUUCACAGUACGGGCGCCGGAAGGGAGCAGCCUGUCUCCGGGGAGAUUAGCGUGGAUGACAUGGAUAUUUUGCUGUAGUUUAUUGAUAGCAAAAAAAAAACACAUGGGAGUACGGAAAUUAGCCGAUGCAAUAAAAACCUCUUUUAACGAACAGUACCAUCGCCGAUGGCACUGUUUCGGUUGCAACA